GCUCUUUCUGGCUUAGAUAGCUUCCUUGAAGUGGCUCAGUGGUGCCUGCAACUUCACGGUGCACACUCCUUCAGGCUCCUGUUCCUUCCAGCCAUGAUUUGCAGAGUCCUUCUGUUAACAGCCUUGGCCUUAUGUCAUGGGUUCAACUUGGACACGGAAAACUCAAUGACCUUUCAAGAGAAUGCAAAGGGCUUUGGGCAGAGUGUGGUCCAGCUUGCAGGAUCCAGGGUGGUGGUUGGAGCCCCUCAGGAGAUAAUGGCUGCCAACCAAACAGGUGUCCUCUACCAGUGUGACUACGGCAUAGGCUCAUGCGAGCCCAUCCGCCUGCAGGUCCCCCUGGAGGCUGUGAACAUGUCCCUAGGCCUGUCUCUGGCGGCUACUACCAGCCCCUCCCAGCUGCUGGCCUGCGGUCCCACCGUGCACCAGACUUGCAAGGAGAACACGUAUGUGAAAGGGUUCUGCUUCCAGUUUGGAUCCAGCCUAAUGCAGCAGCCCCAGAGGUUCCCAGAGACCCUCAGAGGGUGUCCUCAACAGGAUAGUGACAUUGCCUUCUUAAUUGAUGGUUCUGGUAGCAUCAACCCAAGUGACUUUCAACGAAUGAAGGAGUUUGUCUACACUGUGAUGGAACAAUUAAAAAAGUCCAAAACCCUGUUCUCUCUGAUGCAGUACUCUGAAGAAUUCCGGACUCACUUCACCUUCAAAGUAUUCCAGGACAACCCUAAUCCAAGAUCACUGGUGCGGCCAAUAAGACAGCUGAAUGGGAGGACGCACACUGCCACAGGAAUCCGCAAAGUAGUAAGAGAACUGUUUAGCACCAGGAUGGGAGCCCGAGAGAACGCCCUUAAGAUCCUAAUUGUCAUCACAGAUGGAGAGAAGUUUGGUGAUCCCUUGAAUUAUGAGGAUGUCAUCCCUGAGGCGGACAGAGAGGGGGUCAUUCGCUAUGUCAUUGGGGUAGGAGAUGCCUUUUACAGUGCGAAAUCACGCGAAGAGCUUAAUACCAUUGCAUCCAAGCCAGCUCGUGAUCACGUGUUCCAGGUGAAUAACUUUGAAGCUCUGAAGACCAUUCAGGACCAACUUCAGGAAAAGAUCUUUGCGAUUGAGGGUACUCAGACAGGAAGUACCAGCUCCUUUGAGCAUGAGCUGUCUCAGGAAGGCUUCAGUUCUGCCAUCACUUCUACUGGUCCCUUGCUGGGCUCUGUGGGGAGCUAUGACUGGGCUGGUGGAGCCUUUCUGUAUACAUCAAAGGAAGAAGGCACCUUCAUCAACACAACCAGGGUAGAUUCAGACAUGAAUGAUGCUUACUUGGGUUAUGCUGCCGCCGUCAUCUUGCAGAACCAGGUGCAAAGCCUGGUUCUGGGGGCACCUCGAUAUCAGCACAUUGGCCUGGUGGUGAUGUUCAGACAGAAUGCUGGCACCUGGGAGUCCAACGCUAACAUCAAGGGCAGCCAGAUUGGCUCCUACUUUGGGGCCUCUCUCUGCUCCGUGGACAUGGACAGCAAUGGCAGAACUGACCUGGUCCUCAUUGGGGCCCCCCAUUACUACGCGCAGACUCGAGGGGGCCAGGUGUCCGUGUGCCCCUUGCCCAGGGGGAGGGCUCGGUGGAAGUGUGAUGCUGUUCUCCAGGGUGAGCAAGGCCACCCCUGGGGCCGCUUUGGGGCAGCCCUCACAGUGAUGGAGGACGUGAAUGGGGACAAGCUGACGGAUGUGGCCAUUGGGGCCCCAGGAGAGGAGGAGAACCGGGGUGCUGUCUACCUUUUUCAUGGAACCUCAGCAGUCAGCAUCAGCUCCUCCUACAGCCAGCGGAUUGCAGGCGCCCAGCUCUCUCGCAGUCUCCAGUAUUUCGGUCAGUCACUGAGCGGGGGCCAGGACCUUACAAGGGAUGGACUGGCAGACCUGACUGUAGGGGCCCAGGGCCAGGUGCUGCUGCUCAGGUCUCAGCCAGUGCUGAGAGUCGAGGUGACCAUGGAGUUCUCACCGAGAGAAGUGGCAAGAAAUGUAUUCGAAUGUCAUGACCAGAUGGCAAAAAACCAGCCUGCUGGGGAGGUCAGAGUCUGCCUCCAUGUCCGCAAGAGCACACGGGAUCGGCUGAGAGAAGGUGAGAUACAGAGCACUAUCACUUAUGACCUGGUUCUGGACUCCGGCCGCUCAGAUUUCCGUGCCAUCUUUGAGGAGACAAAGAACAGAACAUGCACGCAGACACAGACCUUGGGGUUGGCCCAGAAGUGUGAGACCUUGAAGCUACAGUUGCUGAACUGUAUAAAGGACUCCGUGAAGCCCAUUGUCCUGCGCCUCAACUUCUCUCUGGUGGGGAAGCCCUUGUCCUCUUUCGGGAACCUCCGGCCAGUGCUGGCUGCGGACGCUCAGAGACUCUUCACAGCCUUGUUUCCCUUUGAGAAGAACUGUGGCAAUGACAGCAUCUGCCAGGAUGACCUCAGUAUCACCUUCAGCUUUAUAAACCUGGAAACCCUGGUGGUGGGUGGUCCCCGGGAAUUCAAUGUGACAGUGACUGUGAGAAAUGAGGGCGAAGACUCCUAUGGGACUCGGGUCACCUUCUUCUACCCACUUGGCUUGUCCUACCGGAAGGCGUCAACAUCCCAGAGCCAGCACUCACAGCGAUCCUGGCACCCGGACUGUGAUCCUUCCAUGUCCACCGAAGGGCCUGGGGCCUUGAAGAGCAUCAACUGCCAAAUAAACUACUCCAUCUUCCCAGAAAACUCAAAGGUCACCUUUAAUAUCACGUUUGAUGUGGACUCUAAAGCUUCCCUUGGAAACAAACUGCUCCUUAAGGCCAAUGUGUCCAGUGAGAACAACAUGCCCAGGACCAACAAAACUGAAUUCCAACGGGAGCUGCCUGUGAAAUAUGCUGUCUACAUGGUGGUCACCAGCCAGGAGACCUCUACCAAAUAUGUCAACUUCACACCCUCAGAGAAUACCAGUCGGGCUAUAAAGCACCAAUAUCAGUUCAACAACCUGGGGCAGAGGAACCUCCCCAUCAGCGUGGUCUUCUGGGUCCCCAUCCGGCUGAACCAGGUGACCAUCUGGAACCGCCCCGAGGUGACCUUCUCCCAGAACCUCUUGAGCACAUGCAACACUGAGGAGAGAUCCCCCCCUCACUCUGACUUCCAGGCUGAGCUUAAGAAGACCCCUGUGGUGAACUGCUCCAUUGCUGUCUGCCAGAGAAUCCAGUGCGACAUCCCAUUCUUUGGCAUCCAGGAAGAAUUUGAUGCCACCCUUAAGGGCAACCUUUCAUUUAACUGGUAUAUCAAGACUUCACAUAGCCACUUCCUGGUCGUGAGCACAGCUGAGAUCUUGUUUAACAAUUCUGUGUUUGCCCUGCUUCUGGGACAGGAAGCGUUUGUGAGGGCCCAGACAGAGACCAAAGUGGAACCGCAUGUAGUUCACAACCCUUUACCACUCAUCGUGGGCAGCUCCAUCGGGGGGCUGGUGCUCCUGGCCCUCAUCACGGCCGGCCUGUACAAGCUCGGCUUCUUCAAACGGCAGUACAAGGACAUGAUGAGUGAAGCAGGGCCCCAGGCGGACCCACCCCAGUAACCGUUCCUUCCCCACUGAGCCCCUCUGCAGCAAGCAGGACUGUGGCCAGACCAAUGUGCGGGUCCCCAGAC